AUGUCUCUCCGACCGAAUGCUCGCACGGAGGCGAGAAAGUCUGCUUACAAGCAAGCUGUUAACGCUGAUGAGGCUCGCAGGCGUCGCGAGGACAAUAUGGUCGAGAUCCGUAAGAGCAAGAGGGAGGAGAGCCUCCUGAAGAAGCGCAAGGAAGGAAUGCAGGCUCAAGUAGAGCUGCCUAAAAUUCCUGUCGCAACUGUCGAGAAGAAGUUGGAGAGCCUUCCGGCUAUGGUACAAGGCGUAUGGUCAGAAGAUCCACCGGCUCAGUUGGAAGCAACGACGCAGUUUAGGAAGCUGCUUUCGAUCGAACGUAGUCCUCCGAUCGAAGAGGUCAUAAAGGCUGGCGUUGUGCCCAGAUUCACGCAGUUUUUGCAGAAGUAUGACUUCCCUCAACUCCAGUUUGAAGCAGCGUGGGCUUUGACCAACAUCGCUUCUGGUACCUCUGACCACACCCGCGUGGUCAUCGAGCAUGGGGCAGUCCCUAUAUUCGUUCAGCUUCUCAGCUCUCCCAGUGAUGACGUCCGCGAGCAGGCUGUAUGGGCACUCGGUAACAUCGCAGGCGACUCGCCCAAGUGCCGGGAUCUUGUUCUGAGCCACAACGCCAUGGGUCCGCUGCUUGCUCAGUUGAACGAAAACUCGAAGCUGUCAAUGCUCCGGAAUGCUACCUGGACGUUGUCGAACUUCUGCCGUGGAAAGCCCCAGCCUCCAUUUGAGCAGUCGAAGCCCGCUUUGCCGGUCCUCGAACGCCUGAUCCACUCCACGGAUGAGGAGGUUUUGACUGAUGCUUGCUGGGCGCUGUCCUACUUGUCCGACGGAACUAACGACAAGAUUCAGGCUGUCAUUGAGGCGAAUGUUUGUCGGCGGUUGGUCGAGUUGCUUCUGCACCCAUCGCCAUCCGUUUUGAUCCCUGCUCUUCGAACAGUUGGUAACAUUGUCACAGGAGAUGAUCAUCAGACGCAGGUCAUUAUUGAGAACCAAGUGCUGCCAUGCCUGCUUGCCCUGCUCACAACAAACCACAAGAAAAGCAUCAAGAAGGAAGCGUGCUGGACAAUAUCUAACAUCACUGCUGGCAACAAGGAACAGAUUCAGGCUGUUAUUGAUGCCAACAUCAUUCCUCCAUUGAAGCACCUGCUGGAGACUGCUGAAUUUGAUAUCAAGAAGGAAGCGGCAUGGGCUAUUUCAAAUGCUACUUCUGGUGGCACUCAUGAUCAGAUCAGGUACCUCGUGUCCCAGGGCUGCAUUAAGCCACUUUGCGAUCUGCUGCUCACUUCUGACGCAAGGAUUGUGACAGUUGCCUUGGAAGGUUUGGAGAACAUUCUGAAGGUUGGAGAGGCAGGCAAGGAGCUGGGUCAGACUGGAGGUGUGAACCUUUAUGCUCAGUACAUUGAUGAGGCUGAGGGUUUGGAGAAGAUAGAGAAUCUGCAGACUCAUCAGAACAAUGACAUCUACGAGAAGGCGGUGAAGAUUUUGGAGACCUACUUUGGGCUGGAUGAGGAUGAGGACCAACAACUUGCACCUCAAGUUGACGCCAACCAGCAAACCUAUGCUUUUGGAGAAAGCCAGCCUAUGGCUCCCACUGGUGGAUUCAACUUUGGUUGA